GGGGAAGGCGUGACCUGAAUGGAGAAUGCCAGCCAAUUCUAGAGACACACGGGGACCUCAGAACAAAGAUAAGGCAUCGCUGACACCACUCCGGGGACAAACUCACAGACACGUCAGGCCCAGGGGGACUAAGGUCUGGCAGCCCGGAGCACCGGAGACAGGAAAAUGAGGUGGCUCCUUCUUUGUCAUGCUCUGUGCUUCUGGAUGAAAACUUUGGCCCACACUGUGGAGCUAAACAAUAUGUUUGGCCAGAUCCAGUCUCCUGGUUAUCCAGAUUCAUAUCCUAGUGACUCUGAGGUGACUUGGAAUAUCACAGCUCCAGAGGGAUUUCGGAUCAAGCUUUACUUCAUGCACUUCAACUUGGAAUCCUCCUACCUUUGUGAAUAUGACUACGUGAAGGUAGAAACUGAAGACCAGGUACUCGCAACCUUCUGUGGCAGGGAAACCACAGACACAGAGCAGACUCCGGGACAGGAAGUGGUCCUCUCCCCAGGCUCCUUCAUGUCUGUUACUUUUCGGUCAGAUUUCUCCAAUGAGGAGCGAUUCACAGGCUUUGAUGCCCACUACGUGGCUGUGGAUGUGGACGAGUGCACAGAACAGGAAGAUGAGGAGCUGUCCUGUGACCAUUACUGCCACAACUACAUCGGUGGCUACUAUUGCUCCUGCCGCUUUGGCUAUAUUCUCCACACAGACAACCGGACCUGUAGAGUGGAGUGCAGUGACAACCUCUUUACCCAGAGAACGGGUGUGAUCACCAGCCCAGACUUCCCCAACCCUUACCCAAAGAGCUCUGAAUGCCUCUACACAAUCGAGCUGGAGGAGGGUUUUAUGAUAAGUCUGCAGUUUGAGGAUAUUUUUGAUGUUGAAGACCAUCCUGAAGUGCCCUGCCCCUAUGACUACAUUAAGAUUAAUGCUGGUUCGAAUGUUUUUGGGCCCUUCUGUGGAGAGAAAAUCCCUGAACCCAUUAAUACUCAGAGUCACCGCAUCCAGAUCUUGUUCCGAAGUGACAACUCUGGCGAGAACCGGGGCUGGAGGCUCUCCUACAAGGCGGAAGGGAAUGAGUGUCCAGAGCUCCGACCUCCUACCCAUGGGAAAAUUGAGCCUUUGCAGACCAAGUAUUCCUUCAAGGAUCAGGUGCUCAUCAGCUGUGACACAGGCUACAAAGUGCUAAAGGAUGAUGUGGAAAUGGACACAUUCCAGAUUGAGUGUCUGAAGGAUGGGACAUGGAGUAACAAGAUCCCCAUCUGUAAAAUGGCAGAUUGUGGAAUCCCAGCAAAGCUGGAACAUGGGUUGGUCAUCUUCUCCUCCAGGAACAACAUUACCACAUACAAAUCCGAGAUCAGAUAUUCUUGCCAGCAGCCCUACUACAAGAUGCUCCACAAUAUCACAGGUAUAUAUACCUGUUCUGCCCAAGGAGCCUGGGUGAAUGAAGUACUGGGGAGAAGCCUGCCCACCUGCCUGCCAGUGUGUGGUCAGCCCUCCCGCUCUCUGCCCAACCUAGUGAAGCGGAUUAUUGGAGGCCGGAAUGCUGAGCCCGGCCUUUUCCCCUGGCAGGCCCUUAUCAUGGUGGAGGACACCUCGAGAGUACCAAAUGACAAGUGGUUUGGGAGUGGAGCCUUGCUCUCUGAGUCUUGGAUUCUCACAGCAGCCCAUGUGUUGCGCUCCCAACGCAGGGACAACACGGUGACCAAAGAUCAUAUCACUGUUUACCUGGGCCUUCACGACGUGCGAGAUAAAUCAGGGGCUCACAACAGAUCAGCUGCCCAAGUGCUCCUCCACCCAGACUUCAACAUCCAGACCUACAACAAUGAUAUAGCACUGGUUCAACUGCAAGAGCCUGUGCCCUUGGGGCCCCACGUCAUGCCCAUUUGCCUGCCGAGGCCAGAGCCAACAGGCCCCACACCUCAUAUGCUGGGCCUGGUGGCCGGCUGGGGCAUCUCCAAUCCCAAUGUGACAGUGGAUGAGAUCAUCAAUAGCGGUACACGAACCUUGUCGGAUGUCCUGCAAUAUGUCAAGUUACCCGUGGUGCCACAUGCUGAGUGCAAAACCAGCUAUGAGUCCCGCUCAGGCAACUACAGUGUCACGGAAAACAUGUUCUGUGCUGGCUACUAUGAGGGGGGCAAAGACACAUGCCUUGGAGAUAGUGGUGGGGCCUUUGUCAUCCUUGAUGAGUUGAGUCAUCUCUGGGUUGCCCAGGGCCUGGUGUCAUGGGGGGGACCGGAAGAAUGUGGCAGCAAGCAGGUCUAUGGGGUUUACACCAAAGUCUCCAACUAUGUGAACUGGGUAUCGGAGCAGUUGGGCUCCCCACAAGGUCUAGGGGAGCUUCAGGUGAAUCGGUGAACCAAAUGAGUCCCUUGUCAAGCCCAAGCAGAGCUCUAUUACACACUCCUGAUAUCACACUCCAAGUUGAUCACAGACCCCAUAAACAAAGACACUGACUGACCUUUUCCUCCUGGAAUAGAUUCCCAGGACCCGGCAAGGUAGCUGUGUGGUUAAGGGAGAAGACUUUCAACAACUGGGUCCAGAGCCCUGAGCAAGUCCUUCCCUCUCUUCCUUCAUCUACACUUUGGUAGGGCAAUGCCAGCACUCCUCUCUAGGUCUCACUUAGGGCUUUUUUUUUU